CCGGCGGCGGCGCCGCGGGGGCGGGGCUUUGCGGACGCACGCACGUCGAGGUGCUGCUGCCGGGAGUUGCGGAGGCUGCGGGUUUGAGCUUCGGAAGCUGGGGGGGUUGGUCUGCGGCGGCUGCUUUGGCUGCGGCUGGCCCGCCCGCGGCUGGAGGUUGGAGAGAAAUCCAGGUACUCAGUUGACCCGUCCUUUCUGCUGCCAUGGGGGAGCUUUUCCGGAGUGAGGAGAUGACACUGGCCCAGCUUUUUCUACAGUCAGAAGCUGCUUAUUGUUGUGUCAGUGAGUUAGGAGAACUCGGAAAGGUUCAGUUUCGUGAUUUAAAUCCAGAUGUGAACGUUUUCCAGCGGAAAUUUGUGAAUGAAGUUAGAAGAUGUGAAGAAAUGGAUCGAAAGCUUCGAUUUGUUGAGAAAGAGAUAAGGAAAGCCAAUAUCCCAAUUAUGGACACUGGCGAAAACCCAGAGGUGCCCUUCCCCCGGGACAUGAUUGACUUAGAGGCCAAUUUUGAGAAGAUUGAAAAUGAACUGAAGGAAAUCAACACAAACCAGGAAGCUCUGAAGAGAAAUUUCCUGGAACUGACUGAAUUAAAAUUUAUACUUCGCAAAACUCAGCAGUUUUUCGAUGAGGCUGAAUUGCAUCAUCAGCAGAUGGCGGAUCCAGACCUGUUGGAAGAAUCCUCAUCCCUCUUGGAGCCAAGUGAGAUGGGAAGAGGCACGCCUUUAAGACUUGGCUUCGUGGCUGGUGUGAUUAACCGGGAGCGCAUCCCUACUUUUGAGCGCAUGCUUUGGCGGGUGUGCCGGGGGAAUGUGUUCCUGCGGCAGGCUGAAAUCGAGAACCCCCUGGAGGAUCCUGUGACUGGAGACUACGUGCACAAGUCUGUGUUCAUCAUUUUCUUCCAAGGCGAUCAGCUGAAAAACAGAGUCAAGAAAAUCUGUGAAGGGUUCCGGGCCUCACUCUAUCCCUGUCCUGAGACGCCACAGGAGAGGAAGGAGAUGGCUUCUGGAGUUAAUACCAGGAUUGACGAUCUCCAAAUGGUUCUGAAUCAAACGGAGGAUCACCGCCAGAGGGUUCUGCAGGCAGCUGCUAAGAACAUCCGUGUCUGGUUCAUCAAAGUGCGGAAGAUGAAGGCCAUCUACCACACUUUGAACCUGUGCAACAUAGAUGUGACCCAGAAGUGCCUGAUUGCGGAGGUCUGGUGCCCUGUCACUGACCUUGACUCCAUCCAGUUUGCGCUCAGAAGGGGCACGGAACACAGUGGCUCCACCGUGCCCUCCAUCCUGAACAGGAUGCAGACAAACCAGACUCCCCCAACCUAUAACAAAACCAACAAGUUCACAUGUGGCUUUCAGAACAUAGUGGAUGCUUAUGGAAUUGGAACUUACCGAGAGAUAAAUCCAGCUCCAUAUACCAUCAUCACUUUCCCUUUCCUAUUUGCUGUGAUGUUUGGGGACUUUGGCCACGGCAUUUUGAUGACCCUUUUUGCUGUAUGGAUGGUGUUAAGGGAGAGCCGGAUCCUCUCCCAGAAGAAUGAGAAUGAGAUGUUUAGCACUGUGUUCAGCGGACGGUACAUUAUUCUGCUGAUGGGAGUGUUCUCCAUCUACACCGGCCUCAUCUACAAUGAUUGCUUUUCCAAGUCUCUUAAUAUCUUCGGGUCAUCCUGGAGUGUGCGGCCAAUGUUUACUUUAUACAAUUGGACGGAAGAGACGGUUCGGGGGAACCCUGUCCUCCAGCUGAACCCAGCUGUCCAUGGAGUUUUCGGUGGACCAUAUCCUUUUGGCAUCGAUCCAAUUUGGAACAUUGCUACCAAUAAACUGACCUUCCUCAACUCCUUUAAGAUGAAGAUGUCUGUUAUCCUUGGUAUCAUCCACAUGAUGUUUGGAGUCAGCCUGAGCCUUUUCAACCAUACCUAUUUCAAGAAGCCCCUGAAUAUCUACUUUGGAUUUAUUCCGGAAAUAAUCUUCAUGACCUCUUUGUUUGGCUACUUGGUCAUCCUUAUUUUUUACAAGUGGACAGCCUAUGAUGCUCACACAUCUGAGAAAGCGCCAAGCCUUCUGAUCCAUUUCAUAAACAUGUUCCUCUUUUCCUACGGGGACUCUGGUAAUUCAAUGCUGUAUUCUGGACAGAAAGGAAUUCAGUGUUUCCUGGUAGUGGUUGCACUGCUGUGUGUCCCUUGGAUGCUGCUGUUUAAACCACUGGUCCUUCGCCAUCAAUAUUUGAGGAGGAAGCAUUUGGAAGGGCAACCUGUGGAGGCCCCAGUCAGCCCAACCCCAAGCCAACAGGGACUAGUGGCAGCAGCGGCUGCAACAGGAACUCUCAACUUUGGUGGGAUCAGGGUGGGCAACGGACCGACAGAGGAGGAUGCUGAGAUUAUUCAGCAUGACCAGCUCUCCACCCAUUCAGAGGACGCAGAGGAGUUUGAUUUUGGGGACACCAUGGUCCACCAGGCCAUCCACACCAUUGAGUACUGCCUGGGCUGCAUCUCCAACACCGCCUCCUACCUGCGGCUCUGGGCCCUCAGCCUCGCUCAUGCACAGCUGUCGGAGGUGCUUUGGACCAUGGUGAUCCACAUCGGCCUAAGCGUGAAGAGCUUGGCGGGAGGUUUGGCGCUGUUCUUCAUCUUUGCCGCCUUCGCCACCCUGACUGUGGCCAUCCUCCUGAUCAUGGAGGGCCUCUCAGCCUUCCUCCACGCGCUGCGGUUACACUGGGUGGAAUUCCAGAAUAAAUUCUACAGCGGGACGGGUUUCAAGUUCCUACCCUUCUCCUUCGAGCACAUCCGAGAAGGGAAGUUUGACGAAUGAGCCCCUCCCUCAGGGGCGCUGUGCGCCCUCUGCCCUCCCCGCUCCCUCCACGGUGAUUAGCUGUGCUCCGCUUGCCUGUUGGUUGUGAGCCCUGGGUAUCAGGGCAUCUGAGUCAUCCCUGCCACCCUUCCCCCAGCCACCUGUGAGUCAUUUAGACAGACCCAGCCCUUCCUGGGUCCCCCGCCACCCCCAGCUUUGUGUGUUGUAGUGCAGUGAUUUUCUGGAGAGAAGCGGGCCCGAGCAGUCACUCAAACCCACUCCCGCUGGGCACCCUCCUUGCCCUCCCAGCCUCUGUCCAGCCCUUCCUCUGCCCCCUGGUGGUGAAGCAGUUUGUGCAUUUACACAGGAGCCCAGAGCGCUUGGAGGGAGCGCCUUCACCGUCCACACCCAGACUUUGAGCCCCCUGCUCCUGCCACUCUCCUUCCCGGUGGGGGAUGGGGUGCUCUUUAACACUCCCCACUCUUGGAUUAGCAGGGGUGGGUCCAGGAAGAUGAUGUUUCUGUCCUCUGCCCACCCGCUCUGGUCUUCAGUGCGCUUGUUAAUCAGGAAUUCAGCUGGACCCAACUGUGCCGGCGUGCGUGGCUUCUCCCUGGCAGCCCCAAGGGUCCCUGGAUACCCUGCACCACCUUCCUGACCCCCACCCUAAACUCACACCCUCUCCUCCUCCUUCCCAGGGUGCUCUUUUAGCACCCAGCAUAACAUGCACAGCGGGGAGGACCCAAAGCAGAGGUCCUGGCUGGCUCCUCUGGUGGCUGCUUCUCAGGCCGUGCAUGGGCCGCAAGCACGCCCUUGGGGCAGAGGGUCCAAGUCCAUGCUCCUUCCUGGUGCAGACCCGGAGACCUUUCCCCACCCCCAAUCACGAGUCUCGAGUGCAGAACUGUAGUCAUUAGGGGUGGUUCUGCCUGCAGACCAGCCUUGCUCUGCCCACCGGUGCCCCUCCCCACUUCCACACCGACCCCAAGCGGAGCAAGUGGGUCCUGGGCAGAGAAAGUCAACGUCAUUUACCAUUUGCUGAUUGGAGGCAGCUGGCAGGGCCGCCAGUGCGUGCAGUUGUGAGAGCUGCGUGGCCCUGCCCUGUGGGCUGGUGGGGAGCGCCCCCAAAGGGCCGCCGCCCCGUCACCCCCACACCAGGAUGUGGAUCUUGGGGCCUUUUAAUCAUGCGUUGGCACAGCAGCCCUGGCUGCUUCAGCUAAAUUGAUCCCCGUGCCUUCAGUGGGCGAGAGGACCCCCUCAAUUGGUCGGCCCCUUCCCACCCCACCCCACCCCACCCCUACCCCCUGCUUGUCUGGGAGCUGCUUAGCGCUGCUCACUGGACUCUCCCAGGCUGGGCCACCCGCCCCAGCUUCACCACGCAGUAGCCAGUGUGACCCGACCCAGCCCUUGUGCAGAGCCGCCUCCCGUCCGGUCCCUCCCUCCCUGUGGUUUACAUGAUGAUCUUUGCUCUGUUUACAGCGGCGGGAGUUUGAAGCAGAGUUCUUUAUCAGGAAUCCUGCCCAAGGCCCUUCUGUUCAGACAUUCCCCUGUGCGGAAUAAAGUGUGUUUGACUCUA